UCGCGCAAUGACUCAUUUUCACAUCUGCUUCAUUCUUUCGCUGUUCAUCAGUAGUUCCUUCUCUAUUGAUGUCAACAACUUGGGAAAAUCACAAAUCCCCAUUCUAACCGCAGAAAUUUGCGACAAAAAACCAGAAAUCGAGGAAAUUACGCUUUUAAGUGCGAACAUCACGAAAAUCGAGACAAACGCUUUGCACAAAUGUAAUCGCGUUGUAAAAAUUUGGCUCGAAGAUAACCUGCUGACCGAUUUGUUCUCGGAAACGUUCAAAAACAAACCAAAACUGCGGGAAUUAAAUUUGCGACGAAAUCGUCUCGAGUAUUUGGACGAAGAUGUCUUCGAUGGCUUAGCUGCGUUAGAAACACUUAAUCUGCAAUGUAACAAAUUGAUUUUCUUCUCGUCGCGUCACACGCAAGACUUGAUGCUGCUGAAAUACUUAAACAUCGCCAGCAAUCACUUGAUUAAUCUCGAAAUUAAUGAACUGCUUGCCAAGUUACCGCAAUUGGGAUUCAUCAAUUACAACGGGAAUGACAUUUCUUGCGCGCGUCACGCUGUAAUUUCGGCAAAAAUUAAUGCUUCGGGUGUCGGCAUGGGUGACGCACAUUGCGAUGGCAUCCGGAGUGUCGACUUGAUUGAGAGCGAAAGUCCCCAAUAUACGGCAGAACCGUACUUUUGUAUGCCGGAUGAUAAAUGGGAUCUGAGAUCGACGGAGGUCAUCGCACGCAUUGACGAAUUGAAGCAGAGAAAAAAGUACGAAACGAAGAAAUAAUAAAAAGUUUUACGACAUCGACCACCCCUCGACGAAGUGAAAUUUAGCGAAUGCGAAAAUGCGGUAAAAAGUAUUACAAGAAGCGCCAUCACACAUGACAUUUAUUCGCUCAUAAUUCAAUCUGCUGUCACAAAAUGUUUUUCUGUGCGGCGAAAACGCGCGAAAAACUUAUUUGCACUCGCGUUUCGAAUAAUUGUCGAAAAAUAAAGACAAAUAAAUUCAAUUUUACUUCAAGACGGGUGCGAUGCCGCA